AUGUAUGUGUCACCAGUCUUAUCCAAAACUAAGUCUGAUACUCCAAAAGAGUAUACAAACAGAGCCAGAGAUGAAAUUACAAGAAAGUUGAAUUUAAAACCACCAAGUUCUCAACUAAGGCAUGGUUCUUCACCUCUGAAGAAUGUAUCAAGUGCAAGUGAUCAUUCAUUAUCUAAAACAAAUUCAUAUGAUAGUUUGGAAAUACCUUUAACACUAUCUGAAAAAGAAACCACAUCAAAACAAGAGAAUAAACCAAAAUCUAAAUUAUUUGGAUUAUCAAAAUUAAGACAUUUGAAUUCAAGUUCAAGUUUAAAAUCAUCCAAAAAAUCAUCAUCUGAAGAAGAUUUAAUCCCUAGUGAACCUGUUGAUAAUGAUGUUCAAAUGGAGGAUUAUGAAUAUCAACAACAAUUACAACCAUUACAUCCUGUUCCUUCAAUUUCUUCAUCUUUUUCAUCAUCAGCAUCAUCAAUCUCAACAACACCAUCCAUGACUUCUAAAAUAACUAAUCAAGAUUCAAUAUUCUCAAAUCAAACUUUACAAACCCAAUAUACCAACAUUUCACAGUUUUCACAUCCAGAAUCCAUACAAGAACAACACCAACAACCAGGACAACCAAUAAUGAUGACUUUACAAGAUGCAUUACCUUCAAGAUUCGAUGACAUGUAUGCCCCUGAAUUAUUAGCUGAUCCUUCAUUAUUAAUAGAUGGUCGUCCAAUGUUUACCAAAAGAGCCUUAUUAGAUUGGGAAUUAAAUGACAUUAGAUCAUUAUUAAUUGUUGACUCUAUAAAACCUGAAUGGAACAACUCAUUACCAAUAAUUUAUGCCCCACAAGGUUUCAAAUUUGAAUAUUUACCAUUAGAUGCAGAUGAUGAAACCAUUGUGGAAAAAUUGGUUCAUUCAGAUAUUUAUAAAGAGGCGAAAUUUGAUGUUGAAUUUAGAGAACAAACUGCUAAAUACACUUUAAACGCAGCAAGACAACGUCAUGCAAUGUUUUUAACAAAUUCAGGGAUACCAAUUUUUUAUAAUAAUAGAUUAUCAAAACCUGAAUGGCGUAAUGUUAUUGAAAAUUUUUUAUUAAAUUUAGCUGUGGAGGCUCAAUGUCGUUAUGAUUUUAAAAAAUCUUGUCAUGAAUUGAAAAAAUUGAAAAAAGCUGGAAAUAUGUCUUCAAAUGGGAAUGUUAAUGUUUCUAGUUCAAAUGGGAAUUCAUUAUUAAGAAAAGCUAUUAUGAAUGAUUCAAGAACUGUUGUCCCUGGUUUACCUAAAUUAUCAAAAGAGGAUAAGGCGAAAUUAUGGACACAGGUGCAAGCUAAAGUUUAUAAAAGAAUUGGAUUGGAUUGGACUCCUGAUUCAUUAUAA